AUGGCAAAUAUAGAAGAGUUAAUUGUAUAUUCAAAUAGUCGAAAUGGACUUGGAAUUCGAAUUUUAGGUCCUAAACGAGCUACGAAUAAAUCAGGUAUUUAUAUAAAACAAAUACUUGAUGAUGGAUUAGCACAAAAAAAUGGACGAUUAAAAGUUGGCGAUCAAAUUCUUUCAAUAAAUGAUGAAUCAUCUAUUGGUAUUAAUCGUGAACAUGCUGUUAAUGUACUUCGUUCAGCAGCUGCUACAAAUCAAGUUCACCUUCGUGUUAAACAUUUUUUUCCACCAUUAUCAUCAAAUGAAUAUCAAAAAUUAUUACAUGAUGAAAAAUCUACUGAUGAUGAUGAUGAUGGUGGUGGUGUGAAUAGAAAUAAUCAUCUAACAACAAAUGAAGUUCGUAUGAGAAAAUCUUCUCGACGACAUCAUCAUCAUCAACAUCGUCAUAAUCAACAACAAUAUCGUCAUAGUGCAUAUAAUUAUACAUAUGAAAAUGAUCAAAAUGAACAACAAUAUGAUAAUAAACAAUUAUUAAGCGGACUUGAUCUUUCACAUGAUGCUCUUCAAGCAUUAAUUAAUUCACGAUUUAAAUUAAUUGAUCUUGUUGAUUUAAUGAAAAAAACUUAUCCACAUUUAUUUUCGAAUGAUCAAAAACAAGAAUUACAAUUUAUUGAACAAUUAUCAGAGAAUAAUACUGAUGGUCGUAUAACAUUAAAAGAUUUUGAACGUCAAUCAAGUAUACUCGUUGGAGAACGUAUAAAUCUUCUUGUUCCAUUUUAUUCUUCAUCAAAUAAUUCUUUAAAUAGAAAUGAUAAUGAAUUAAUAAUUGAACUUCGUCGUGAAAUUGAAACAUGUCGUAUAACAAUUGAUGAACUUCAAACAAAAAUAGAAAUUUGUGAAAAAUCUCAACGUUUAGCAAAUGAAGUUGAACUUGAAUAUGAAGAUUUACUUAAAUUUUUAUAUGAACAAUUACAUCAAUAUAAAAUAAAUGAAAUAAAUCAAUUAAAACAAAUACGAACAAAUGAUCAAUUAAUACAAAAAUUAUUUAAUUAUUUAUCAAUGUAUGUUGAUAAACCAAAUGAUGAACAUAUAUUAGCUCAACUUAAAUUUGAAUAUGAACAACAACAAAAAAUAAAUCAGAACAGUAAUGAUAUAUCAAUUAAUAAAUAUCGACAACAAUUUUAA